AUGGAUGGAACCAAUGAGAGCACCCAGGGAAAUUUCAUCCUUUUGGGGUUUUCUGACCGCCCCCGUCUGGAGAGAAUCCUCUUUGUGGUUAUCUUGAUUGCAUAUCUCCUGACCCUCGUGGGCAACACCACCAUCAUCCUGGUAUCUUGGCUGGACCCCCACCUCCACACCCCCAUGUACUUCUUCCUCACCCACCUCUCCUUCCUGGACCUGAGUUUCACCACCAGCUCCAUUCCCCAGCUGCUCUAUAACCUGAGUGGAUGUGACAAGACCAUCAGCUACACAGGCUGUGCCAUCCAGCUCUUCCUAUUCCUGGGCCUGGGUGGUGUGGAAUGCCUACUCCUGGCGGUCAUGGCAUAUGACAGGUUUGUGGCCGUGUGCAAACCCCUGCACUACAUGGCGAUUAUGAAUUCACGGCUUUGCCUGGGCUUAGUGUUGGUGGCCUGGGGCUGUGGGGUGGCCAACUCAUUGGCCAUGUCCCCAGUGACCCUGCGCUUACCCCGCUGUGGGCAUCGCAGUGUGGACCACUUCCUGUGUGAGAUGCCCGCCCUCAUACGAAUGGCCUGUGUGAAUACAGCUGCCAUCGAGGGCACUGUCUUUGUCCUGGCAGUGGGCAUUGUGCUGUCACCCCUUGUGUUCAUCCUGGUCUCCUAUGGCUACAUCAUGAGGGCCGUGUUACAAAUUCAGUCAACAUCAGGGAGGCAAAAGGCCUUCAACACCUGUGGCUCCCAUCUCACAGUGGUCUCACUUUUCUAUGGAAACAUAAUUUACAUGUACAUGCAACCUGGAAACAGCUCUUCCCAGGACCAAGGCAAGUUUCUCACCCUCUUCUACAACAUUGUCACCCCACUCUUGAAUCCCUUGAUCUAUACCCUUAGAAACAAAGAGGUGAAGGGAGCCCUGAGGAAGCUGCUGCUGUGUGACAAAGAGAUAGGGAAGGAGUAA